AUGACCGACGCAAACACAAUCCAGACCCUCGACACCCGCUUGGGCGAGCUCCUGGCAGCCAUCGAGUCCCACCCGAUGAUGACAAGCUCCCAACCGCACCCGACAGGCUUCUAUGUCCAUGACUUCAUCCGCAACACUCACACCAAGCUGAGGAACAUUGACGCCCAGAAGCUCCAAGCGGCAGACCCUGCCACCGUCAAAGAGUUCCAGGAUAUCCGGGGCCGCAAUAUGCUCGCUGAGCAGCUGAUCGAAGGCAGCGGGCCAAUGGCACAGAUGAUGCUCAUGAUGGGGGGAGGUCCGCUUGAUUUUGGGGAUGCGAUUAAGCAGAAGGUUCGGGAUGUUAAUGCUGUUUAA